UGUCCGUAAAACAGCUUAAGCACGUACUGCUCGCAUCGGCGGUUGCAAUAGUGAUAGUAAUACUUUCAACUUAAAGAAAUAUUUCCGGAACGAAAGAAAAAAAUCUGAUGAAUCAAAAGCAUAGAUUAGAAGACACAACAUUUCGGGGAAAGAACCGGCUGCACCGCCGUCUGCGCAGAGCAGUUGACAGCUGCUUUGGCGCUGUCAGUUACACAGGAGCAUGGCUCAGACCGUCGGUAACUUUUUCUUCUCUCUACUCGAUUACAAGACCGAGAAAUUUGUCAUCGCUAAAAACAAAAAGGUCGGAGUACUGUUCAGACUCUUUCAGCUGGGAGUGAUUGGAUAUCUGAUCGGGUGGGUUUUUCUUUGGAAGAAAGGAUAUCAGGAGACUGACGAAGUCAUCCAGAGUUCUGUGAUCACCAAACUCAAGGGUGUAGAUCUCACCAACAGCUCUCAGUUUGGUCUGCAUCUAUGGGGUGCAGAGGACUAUGUCAUUCCCCCACAUGGGGACAGAGUCUUCUUUAUUGUGACAAAUUAUGUAGUGACACCCAACCAGAAACUGGGUUACUGCCCUGAGAGUCCUAAAGUGCCAGAUGGUUUUUGUACUCAUGACAGUGAAUGUGUGGAAGGGGAAACUGUCAUAGCAGGCCAUGGAUUGAAGACAGGUCGCUGUAUAAACGAAACAAGAACGUGUGAGAUUCAUGCCUGGUGCCCUGUUGAGCAUAGCAGAACACCAUCGCAGCCAUUGCUGGCAAAGGCAGAAAACUUCACAAUCUAUGUAAAGAACUUCAUCAAGUUUCAAAAAUUUGCCUUCUCCAAAUCGAACCUCCUGCCUACCACCAACAGCACUUAUCUGAAAAUGUGCAGAUAUGAUAAGGACCAUCAUCCCUAUUGUCCCAUCUUUGGUGUGGGAGAUGUGAUUAACUGGACUGGACACAGUUUCCAGGAUUUGGCAACAAAGGGUGGUUCAAUUGCAGUUGGAAUCGAAUGGAAUUGUGAUUUGGAUAAAGAUGAAUCUCAAUGUAACCCUGAAUAUAGCUUCACACGCUUAGAUUCCUUUAAAAAUUCCAAGAACUCUGCCAUUUCGGGAUACAACUUCAGAUUUGCUCGAUACUACAAUGAUGCAGCAGGUCAAACCUAUCGCAAUCUAUUUAAAGUGUAUGGCAUUCGCUUUGAUAUAUUAGUUAAUGGAAAGGCUGGGAGAUUCAGUAUCAUUCCUACAGUGAUCAGCAUUGGCUCUGGGCUUGCUUUAAUGGGUGCUGGGGUUUUUGUCUGUGACAUGAUUCUUCUUUACAUGAUGAACAAAAGCUCCUUAUACCGAGAGACAAAAUUUGAGGCAGUCACAAAAAAGCAAUCUGGAAAGCAGAGAGAGAGAAAGCAUGUGAGACACCACUGUCAUCAUCACCAAGAUGGGCGGCACAAGAGAGAGGAGAAACAGGGAACAGAGGUGCAGCCAUUGACAUCAGUGUCAUGUCAGCCCAAUAACAACCCAGAGAAACAGAUCCAGCCCAUAGGCUCAGCACUCAAAACCCACAGUUCUGAGAGAAGGCCACAGGGCACAGUGUCAUUCAGGACUCAGCAUGCUACCGAAAAACAGACCAUUUCUCCCGUUUCCACCCUGAGAACACCACGCAACCAGUAGAGGAUUUUUUGAUGCUGAAUCCCAUUGGAUUUACUGUGAAUGUAUGAAAGGAGGUAUUAUAGCGGGUCUAUGCUUAGUCAUACCAAGGAGGAAUACUGCCAGUGGUGUUAUGUUCUCCUAGUGUUUUAAAUGGCAUGGAAGUUUUUGUUACAAAGUAUUUGAAAUAAGAUAAAUAUAAAUGAUUUAAUAAAUAUGGCCUGACAUCAAAAAUUUUCAAAUCAAGGUUGAAUAAAUGUUAACAUAU